UAGAAUCGCUUUUUUCCCUCUCAAACUAAAAAAUUUGAAUGCUCCAUUUUCAAAACCCAACCCAACGGCUCCAUGAACGAUUCUAACAGAAACGCAACCGUUUCCUUCCCUCCAUUCUCCGUCAACCGCCGCCGCCUCUCAACCUCACAGGUUUUCGUCGAGCGGAGCCGUCUGGUCUCAUCGGAGAAGCCAAUGGCUUGGAUUUCCCUUCAGGGACGGCUCGUCAACACCGAUGAAGCUAGCUCCGCUCGAACCAUCGGUGGCGGCCUAACUGAUGAGUUAGCAUUCGCUUGGAAUCUCUUCCCUCCCAUUCAUCGGUUUCUCAUUGUCGCUGUUAUAGGUGCUGCUGCUUCCAUGGCUAGGUCGAAGAAAAAUCGAGAGAUAUUGAACCUUAAGAAUUCAAUUGAACUUAGGGACCAGGUGUUAUCCAGCAUGCAGCAGAAGCUUGACGAUUUAUGCGAGCAGCUUAACAGUUCUAAAGAGGAUACAGUUGUUGCUAUCGACAAGUUAUCGAAUAAGGAUGGAGAGUUGGAAUCGAAAGAAGUGUUUGGCUCUCAGAGAAUUAAGUUUGUUGACUGUGGUUGUUGGCAUUGUGAAGAACAUUCUUCCUUAUAUAAUGAAUUGACGGAUGCCAUUAGUAGAAAAGCUUCAAGUGGAAUUGAGGUGCUUCAAUAUAAGUCACCCUUCUCUAAUGAAGAACAAGAGGAGAGAAGAAUGUCUGACUGGUCAGAUUUGGCUUCGAGUGUCACAUAUGCUGCUGAUAUCCAGGGUGUUAAUAGUAGAAAAGCCUCCCGUGGUAAUGUGUUGCUCCAGUAUAAGUCACCCUUCUCUAAUGAAGAACAAGAGGAGAGAAGAAUGUCUGACUGGUCAGAUUUCGCUCCAAGUGUUACAUCUGCUGCUGAUAUCCAGUUAAACAACUUGGCUAUAGAACAAGAUAUUUAUAAUCUUAAGAGGGACUGCGAAGAGAAGGAGACGACAAUAAAUGAACUAACCACUCUGCUGAACUCUUCUGAGAUUUCUAACAGAAAGAGGGUUGCUGAGUUAGAAGACAUUGUAGCGAAAAAGAACACAACAAUCUCAAAACUAAAGAAGGAUAUGGCUAUUCUAGAACAAAAGGUUAUGCAGCUUACAAGGCUUCGUCGACCAUCCUUCUCUGCAAAUAUUUCAAAUGAAACUCAGCUGCCACAAAUGAGAGAUAACCUCAUUUAUGAUAUGGACAGCACUACCAGCCCCUCCUCUUCUGAUUCUGAUAGUUCUCCUGUCAACAAUACACAAAAUCUUUGUGCUGAUGCCUUUCUGCCAAACCAGGAUUCUGAUUCUACAAUUGAUCGGACACCUACGCCAGCAAAAAAUUUAAAUUCAUCAGGGACACUCAUUGAGCGCCGCUCACAAUCUCGAUAUGCCAGCCCUCUUCAAGAAGUUCCAACUUAUCAUAAAUCUAAUGCAUCUUCUUCAAGCCAAAAGCAAUUGUCACCUCGUAAGGACUUGAAAAAGAGUAGAAGACGAUCUCUCACUGGAACUAAGACUGCGGGUGCGCAUAAGAGAUGGGUUUAAUAGUGAGUAAAUCAGCUUGAAUUACCAACUAUUCGUUAGCAAACAGCAGGUAGCCAAUAUUCUCCAGCUUUAUAGCGAUACCGUUUAAAUACUUGUGGUAAAUUAUGGUUUAAAUUGACAAGUUAUAGAUAGCAGCAGCAGAGACUAUUUAAGUUUUAACCAUAAAAUAUGGUUUGAUAAAUUUCAGCCAGCUAUUGCUGUCAAUGGAAUGAUCUCUUAUUUCAAUUAGUAUCCUUCUGCAGACUAGUUUAGCCACCAUUAAAUAUGGUCUUUUCUUAUGUCAAAUAAUUGAAGAAGCAGAAACAAGUAAAACCUCAUUUUCACUUUUGUUGUUGGGAUGAACCUCUGCUGGUGGUUUAUAUCUUAAAUAAUAUACAUGUUACAGCUUACAACCUGGUACUAUCUACCAGUAUC